UUGCUUCACUCGGUUGCAUUUUUUAAAUAUCCAGGGGGACGUUUCAGGCAGUUCUAAAGGGAGUAGUUACUCUUUGACUAAACGCACUUCCAAAUAAUACAGACUUGCCAUCUAUAACGACUUACUUAAAAAUGUUUAACAAUGGUCGCGAAAUGUCGCCAUUUCAUUAUCUAAUGUUGGUUUAAUGCGUGUAAAGCGUCGUUGUGCUUUCUCGCGCCCCCUACUGGUGCCCUUCCGAUAGAAACAUCCAAAACAUAAGAAAUGGCCAUCCAACAAAUUACGCAUGCGCAGUAGUCAGCGCUUUAAAACAAGUCUUGAGGAGGGAACGUGAAGACAGUUGCAGGUGGACUUGAAUAAUAGUCGAUGUAAGCUGAAAACGCAUAAAAGCGUGUUGGUAAAAAGCAGGACAGUAGCUUCGAGUUCACAUGUGAAGUUGCUGCUGGUUGAAUCUCAGGAUGAAAAGUCGUCGUUGUGUUCGCCAUGACUCUGAGGUCCACGCUGUAUCCAAACACGCGAUUCAGGCAGCACGCUGAUGCCGGGGUCGUCACCAUUAGCCCCGUGAGCCUCAAGAGGGAGUCCUGCGACUUUGUUAUAGAUGUUCAAGACGUGCAGAGGGGCGAGAUCCCAAUCAAAUCAAAGGACUUAGACCAGAAUUACAUGACAAGCAAGGUUGCCCUCGCUGCCACUGUUGCGCAGGUAGUUCAAGGAGACACUAAACCUGUGGGGAUAUUGUCCCCUGUCAGACCAAUGGGGGGUGAGGGAACCCCGGUGAAAGGUAAACCCCUCUCUGUUGACAAUAUGGAAAACCCUCAGAUGGCUGUGAACAAUAACUCAAAGGAUGCCGGUGCUGAUGAAAGUGCGAAAGGGGUUGUACCUGGAGUGCUUGGCACCGCAUCCAUCGAACUCUCGUCUGAGGGUAAGUGGAGGAACAUCAGGAAGACCCCUGCCAACCCUCACACACAAGCCAACUGCCUCCGACAGAUUCUCCUCCUCCAGCUGGACCUCAUUGAACAACAGCAACAACAGCUCCAGUCCAAGGACAAGGAGAUAGAUGAGCUCAAAGCAGACAAAGAGACACUGCUUGCACGUAUUGAGCGAAUGGAGCGCCGCCUCCAGCUCACAAGGAAGGACCCACCCCGUGAUAAGCGCCUUUUCCAGCCCUUGGAGCCGUGGACCCCUGACAAAGAGGACAUGUGGGAUCUGGAGCUCGAGAGUCCACAGCCUGACCCAGCCACGCCACUCCCCUUCAGUCGGGGUGGCAAAGGUCAAAAAAGGAAAUCUUGCUUUGGUGAUACAAAAGUGCAAAAAUCUCGAGGUAAAAGUGCCAAGUUGAGCCCGCAGAAGCCAGAAAUCGAGCCUGGCUCUCCUAAUCAGAGAGAGCUACGGAGCAAGGAAACCCCAGAGAAGCAUGUUCCCGCGAGGGCAGAAAGGGACGGUUUGCUCCCUUGUAAAGAGGAGGCUGAACUGAGCUGCCAGAUAGAGGAUCUCCCCUUCAUGUCGACGACAGAGAUGUAUCUGUGUUGCUGGAACCAACCUCCUCUGUCCCCCCUGCGUGAGACUUCCCCGAAAAAGGAGGAAGAGGUGGCCAGUGAGUGGACUCCUCAUGUAGUACAUGAUAUGCUGAUUGUUUUCCCAUCUUGGAGGGAAAAUAUAAUAGAGCCGCUGAAUGAAGACUCCUCCUUUAACCCCCCUGAGCCGCUAGACGACGGCGUGUUUUUGAAACGUCACUCAAAGCUCGAGUUGGAUGAGAAGAGGAGGAAAAGAUGGGAUAUCCAGCGAAUUAGAGAGCAGCGCAUGUUCCAGCGUCUGCAGCAGCGCAUGAACAGGAAGAAAAUUGUCCAGGAGACCGAGCCGGAGUUGUCAUCCUUCUAUCCCGACACCGAAGAUGUUGAAAGUAUAGUGAUCACUCCCUUCUUGCCUGUGGUUGCAUUUGGUCGGCCUCUGCCUAAACUUUCACAACAGAACUUUGAGCUGCCUUGGCUGGACGACCGCAGCCGGUGCCGCAUUGAGGUUCCCAAGAAACACACGCCUCACCGGACCUGCAGGAAGUGAAGCCCUUAAAAAACAGCAGCAGUGGUGGGAGAAGAUGAUGAUGAUGCUCCACACCCAGAUUAAAAAAAGAAAACAAAAAAAUUUGCGGGUGUGGCAGGGAGUCGCGUCACUAGUCACUGUGUGUAACUGUCACUGUUGCUUUUGCUCUCCAGAGUUUUGGAAAAGGAUGGGCGAUAGCUGCAGGGCAGGGUGUCCUUGAUGUUUUCGGUCUCUUAAAAGAGAGGCUGAGCCCUCCAUGCCAGAAGAUUACAGCCCUCAACUCAGCAGCUGUUCAUAAUUACACAUUUACCAAGAGUUACAUGCAUGUCCUGAUACUUUUUUGGUGGAUCUGCACCACAGACAUAAAAAAGACCCGUAGACUUAAUCAAACAGAUGUGGUGUUUCUGUCGUGUUAUAUGGGUCGGUAGUAUUAAGGGACAAGCUGAGGGGCUCUAAUCUUUGUGCAUACGUGUAGAGGGAACGAUUUAAAGCCACUGACUGAAAAUAGAGCUUCGCGAGCAAUGCGGCCGCAUCCUUUUCGCUUUGGGUCGUGUCACUGCGCCUGUUCUCCCCGCAUCAAUGUCGUGCUGUGUAUUGCCUAUAUCGUUCGCACACGACUGCAUUAAGAUUUUAUCGAUGUUAGGUGUGAUUAUUGGGAGUUUUGAGCCAGCAUGAUUUCAUAUAUAUGCAUACAUAUAUAUAUAUAUAAAAGAAUCGAGCCAAUCCAGUGUAAGGUGAAAAGUGUAAACAAUCAGCUGAUUGGGUUUGAGAACAAAGGCACGGGAAAUUAUUCGUUUGGUAAACUUGGCGUCGAAUCCAGUGACCUGUCCCCUUUUUUUGGUUUUGUUUUUUAAUUUUCUUUUGUUUCUGUUAGUUCCUUUUUUAUGUGAGAUGCAUGGACUCUAUUUAGCUGUUUCCAAAUAAUAAAAAAUAAAAAAGGUAUUAGCAUGGCUUCGCCCCAAAAUGCAGAAUAAUCUCUGCUCAUUGGGCUACAAAAAUACUGUCUUGAAAGCAUGACCUGUGGCCGCUCAGUUCGGCCGAUCCAAUAAUAAAGUGCAGAUUUUUGAUCUUGAAUUUUCUCUUUUGUUUCCAAUAUUUAAAAAAACAAAACAAAAAAAAAAAACGCUUGCGUCCAGUAAAUAUACGAUUUAGGUGUACGCAUCAGACUCCUGACGUUCACAGGAGCGGUUUUAGAAAAUGAAGCUUUCUAGCUGUAGUUUGUGUGCGCUCUUUAACACGCCGCCAGUUAAUCUCUCCCUCUGCGAGUUAAUCUCAGUCAUAGUCGCAGUGUUUGGUUUCUGGAGGUUUUCCUCUUCGCUGCGUUCACUCAGCCUCUUCUACAUUUGAUGCAACAGCUUUCUGCAGCUUCAAUACUUUCAGCUGCUCAGUGUGCGCCUACACAUGCGGCACAUUCUGGAAAUACAAAGUCAGUUUUUGUUUUGUUUUUUUUUCCUGUUGUUUUUCUGUACAUAGCUUUCAGAAACAAAUGUACAUAAAACAUUGCUGUUAUUUUUUUAUUAUUUAAUGUUGGAAGUGUUGAGUACAUCAAUAUCGUUCUAUGAUUGUAAGUUGACAAAUUGACAGUUUUGAAAGUACAACCUUUUUUUGGAAUAAAAUGAAUAUGUCUAUCA